AGGAGAGGAACUAUGUGCUGUGAGGAAUGAUUGUGUGUGUGUUUGUGAGUGUGUGUUGUGUUUGUUUGCACUGAUUUUGAAUGUAAUCUUUGUCAUCGUGCACACAGAGGAUAUAAUAAUAAUAAUAAGCCACCCACAGCCAUGAGCCGGACCACCUUCUUUGAGGUGGAGGUCCUGGAUGCCAAGACAAGAGAACAGCUUUGUUUUUUAGAUAAGGUGGAGCCUCACUCAACAAUAGGGGAAAUCAAGAGCCUUUUUCACAAAUCAUAUCCUCACUUGUAUCCAGCAAGGCAGGCUCUGAAGCUCGAUCCUAAAGGAAAAUUACUGAGGGAUGAUGAAAUCUUACAGAAUCUACCUGUCGGGACCACUGCCACCAUGUACUUCAGAGAUCUGGGUCCACAGUUAGGAUGGACAAUGGUGUUUCUGGCAGAAUUCAUUGGGCCCCUUCUCACCUACCUCCUCUUCUAUUUCCGAGUACCGUACAUUUACUCGCACAGUUAUGCCUUCACCUCCAGUCCCCACACUGUUGUCACACAAGCCUGUGCCUGUCACACCUUCCACUACAUGAAGAGGUUGAUAGAGACUAUCUUUGUCCACCGCUUCUCUCACGGGACAAUGCCCCUCAGGAUAAUAGUCAGAAAUUGUGCAUAUUACUGGGGUUUCUCAGCUUGGUUGGCUUACUACAUCAACCACCCUCUUUAUACACCUCCAUCAUACGGUGAACUGCAGGUCAACUAUGCACUUGUCAUAUUUGUGGUGUGUGAACUGGGAAACUUUUCCAUUCACGUGACUCUGAAUAACCUCAGAGGAGAUGGACCCAGGAGCAGAAGGUACCCGAGUCCAAAUAAGAACCCCUUCACAUGGCUAUUUUUCUUCGUAUCCUGUCCCAAUUACACAUAUGAGGUUGGAGCAUGGGUGAGCUUUUCCAUCAUGACGCAGUGUCUACCAGUGGCUUUUUACACAUUAUUGGGCUUCAUUCAGAUGACCAUCUGGGCCAAAUGGAAGCACAAAGCCUACAGCAGGGAGUUCAAGGACUACCCCAGCCUCCGGAUGGCCAUCAUCCCCCUGAUCCUCUGACAGUGGCUGAAACAUGCUGCAGCAUAUAAGGGCUGCAUAUUCUCUCCCUACAGGUGUGCCACCUAACUACGAAGCUGUUGCUGCUGAGUCCAGCACUUUGCAUUUUUUUUAAUUUUUACUAAUGAAUGAAGUGAGAGGGGUGGGAAUGGGAGCAGUACUAUUGUAGCAAAAUAGUGGAGCAUUUAAAAGCAGCUAGCAACAUUUGAACUGCCUGUUCAAUUCCAACAAUGGGCUUUAGUUUCUUGGUAUAAAAUAAAAAAUUAGACUAGAUGAAUUGUCAUUGCGGUCAUGUCUCAGUGGUUACACAUAGUAAUUAUUUUUUUUAUUCUUUGAAUGCCUAAAGUGAUCAGGUAAAGUAAGAGAAUUGAAAUGUACUCUCAAAAUGAAGUGCCUGUGGCAGAAAACUAUAGGAUUUGAAAUGUCAUGGCAUCCAUCCAUUUAAGAGUGCAACUUCACUUUUGAGCUCUCAGGAGGAAUGCUGAUAAAACUGACAUUUCAUUGUGCUAAUAGUGAGCUCCUACACUGCAUAUGCACAAUAGUUUUCUUAAAAAAUGUUAUUAGAAAAUGCUAUGGUACUGUAGAGGUGUAACUUCCUUUAUCAGGUAGUCAUUGAUAACGGCUGUGGUUCUCUUGCUCUUUCUGUCUAAUCUCAGGUUUUAAUUCAACUAUUUUCUAAGUGAAUGUAAGGUAACUGUUU